AAGCACUGACGCUAGAGGAAGUGGCUUACCAAGGGAGUUCAUGGCAGAGUUUUAAGAAUGACAACCAGGAAAGUGAAUGAGACCAUGGAAGAAAUUAUGUUUCAGAAAAUAUUGGGUGAGAUUGAGAUAACGAAACAAACCCUGAGACAGGGUAGUCAGGAGAUGAAAAUUGAACUUAACAAAAUGACGCAGGAGCUUAAAGAAAUAGUGGAUUCUGUGAGAGAGGAGUUUGAUGGGAUAGGGAAGCUACAAGCCCUGGAGAUUGGAACAAAUGUGAAAUUUGAAAAAGAUUUGGAUUUUAUGGAUGUUAGAAAUAAAGUUGACUGUUUGGAAUUCAACGUUGUCUCUGAAGAAAUUAAUGAAGAUUUUGGUGGUAAAGUUAUCAAUGUCUUGGAUAAUUUUCUGGACUGGAAUGAUGUGAUGGAGUUUGACAUAGAAAAAAUCUAUGGAGUUGGCUACAGAUAUGUGACAGUGGAGAAACUCUUAAGAGAUGAGCCAGUGCAUUUUGUAAAAAAGAAGAACAGAGAUAUGACUUUGCAGCAAUACUUCAGUAACAUAUUCAGAAUUCUUGACUGGAAUGAUGUGAUGGGGCCUGACAUGGAAAAAAAUUAUGGAAUUAACUACAAAUAUGUGACAGAGCAGAGAUGCACCCAGAACAGAGAUGUGACUUUACAACAAUAUUUCAACAACAUAUUCAGAAUUGAUGGCAAAGACGUAUUUGUGAUGGGGGAAAUUCCCAUCAGACUCUUGUUAUAUGACUAUGGCUAUGACAGCAAGAUCAUCAUGGGAUACUGAUAAUGGAUGAAUGGAUACUGAAACCACUGGAUUUAACAGGAGUAUUGAAGAUGGAAGAUGGAAUUAAUAUUGAUAAUGGAAGAAUGGUUAUGGAAAUUAUUGGACUUAACAGAUUUGACGAGAUGGAUUAAUUGAUAUGUUUACUUGGACUAUGGCUAUGACAACAAGAUUAUUAUGGGAUAUUGAUAACGGAAGAAUGGCUACUGAAAUUACUGGACUUAACAGGAUUAUUGAAGAUGGAAGAUGGAGUUACUAUAGAUAAUGGAAGAAUGGCUAUUGAAAUUAUUGGGCCUAACAGAUUUGAAUUAGAUGGAUUAAGCGACAUGUUUAUUUGGAGAAAAAUUGAAAGAUAUAUCUUUCAAGAAAUUGAAACCUCUCUUUGACUUUUUGUGGAAAGAAUAAAAUAAUGUUUAUGAGAUUUGAUGAUUAAUUAAGAUAAUUACUGGAGGAAAGUGAUUUUAUAAUAUAAUUUUAGAGACAGGAUUGUUAUAUA